UAUCACGGUCGCUAUGAAAAUUGUAAUACAUUUCCUGUCAUAUCUUUGAAAGGUGUUUUCAUCUGUAUUUAAAAAUAUAAUUGGACGAGGUUAUUAUCAGAAGCGAUGGGGCAAUUUUUAGCCUUCUUCAUUAGAAAUUUACAUAUCAUGAGACGCAGUAUACCGUUGCUGUCUUUGUUCAUUUUGAUUUCGGCUUUCACUGUGUUUUCAACUCUACGAUGGAAUUUCGUGGUACGACAGAUGAGAGUUCCUGGACCAUGGAUCCCAACUGAAGGCAACAGUUUAGGUGCUGGUUUCCUACCUUUGGCUUGGUCACCGAAAAAUCCAAAUCUUGAAAAAAUUAUGAAUUAUGUUAACGCAGAAACUGGUUUAGAACUCGCUUCAUUCCCAAAUUCGAAUGAAUUAGUUAAAUUCAUAGGUAAUCGAAGCGCGACUAUGUUAAAUGCUGCUGGAAUACAAUUCGAUGAUAAUUUAGCAGGCGAUGUAGCGUUAGGACCAGAGAUUCACGUUCGUUUCAGAUUAAUCAGACUCACCAAAGGUGCCCUACACAAGCUAUACGGUGAAAUAGACGAUCCAGUCGAUGCUGGAAAUUAUGAAGAACGUUUUAUGUACUUACAAGAUAAGAUUUCUAGAGCAAUUUUACGUUUUCAUGACGUUAAAGUUACCGAUAUACAGUUACGACAGUUACCAGAGCCAUCUUACAUCAAAGCAUUUGGGGAGUUAUCGAUUAUUCUUUAUCCAAUUUUAUUUUGUGCUGCUGUAGUCGGUGUCUACAUCGCGAUCACACUUAGCAUUAUACGUGAGAGGAAUCGUCAGAUAAGGGAAUCAUUGGAAAUGUCAGGGGUUUCUUUGGUUAUGUUAUGGGGCGCAUGGUUAUUCACUGAGGAAUAUUGUGCUAUCUUUACAAUUUUCUUAUUAAUUUUGAGCGUAAUGCCUGUUCUGACAGUUAAUGGCCCUACCAUAAAGACAUUCAUCUUCUGUCCCACGACUGCAUACAUAAUAGGUCUAUACAAUAUAUUUCUCAAAGAAAAUUAUAUGUCAGGUUAUAGUUGGAAUAAUUUGAAUCAAGUUGCCACCUAUUUUCUUAAUGUACCCCUUUCGAUGGUAUUUGUCGCAUUGUUCAUAGAAACAAUUGGUUAUUUAAUUAUUGCAGUAUAUUUGGAUGCGGUGAUGGUGUAUACUGUUGGUUAUCCGAAACCGUGGAAUUUUUUUUGCAAAUGGAACUUUUGGAGGAAACAGAAUCAAUUAAAUUCGGAAGAUGAAUACGAACUUCGACAGAAAAACCCGUUGCCAACAGGUAAAUCAUUCCAACCCGAUCCAAAACUUCCUGUCGCUAUACGAGCAGUGGGUCUGACCAAAGAAUUCAACAAAAAAGUAGUCGUUGAUAAUGUUACGUUUAAUAUUUACGAAAACCAAAUAAGUGUCUUGAUCGGUCACAACGGCGCUGGAAAGUCAACUACUGUUAAUAUGAUAACAGGGGUGCUGCCACCAACAUCUGGAACUGCUGUUAUUAAUGGUCACGAUAUACGAUAUGAGAAGAAAAGGGCAAGGAGUAGCAUGGGAUUCUGCCCCCAACAGAAUCUGUUUUUCGAGGAAUUGACUGUAUCCGAACAGUUAUCGUUUUUUGCUAGAGUUAGAGGAUCCAAGUUUUCAGAAGCACGCAAGGAAAUUCAGUAUCUGUGCAGCGCAGCUCAAUUAAAUAAAGCGCUGCACAGCUCAGUCAAACAUUUAUCAGGUGGAAGUAAACGAAAACUAGGCGUAUUGACAGCAUUGUGUGGCAAUACCAAGCUUAUCAUUUUAGAUGAACCAACAUCAGGAGUGGAUCCUAUAAACAGAAAGAGUAUGUGGGGAAUACUCAGGGCUUUAAAACAAGAUCGAACAAUUCUUCUUAUAACUCAUCACAUGGACGAAGCGGAUUCUUUAGGCGAUCGAAUUAUACUUUUGAAUGGGGGAAGACUACAAACUAUUGGUUCAGGCAGCUUUCUCAAGAAGGAAUAUGAAAUCGGUUAUCGAAUUGCUAUUGAGAAGGGUCCAGAUUGCGACGAAGGAGCGGUAACAAGUUUCAUGAAGGCACGAGGUGGUCAACUUCAUCGUAUUUCUGGAAACGAUUUGGUUUAUGAGGUUCCAAUGUCUAAUAUAACCGAUGCAGUACAAAGCCUUGAAAGCUUUCAGGAACCGCUUCAUGUUAGCAGUUUUGGAGUGUCAAGGACACCUCUAGAUGAAAUUUUCAUUGAAUACGUAGUCGAAAAACAUGACGAAAAAGCUACUGUAAUAAAUACUUCUCAAUUGGAAAUGUCAAAACCAAGUUUGCGAAGACAAUUUACUGCACUUAUGUAUAAAAAAAUUAUAUGCAGCCUAAGGGAUCGCUAUGCAUUUCUUCAAAUUGCCAUAGUGUUCAUUCUUUACCUUGUGCCUAUAAUUUUUUCAACAGUUAAUAAGGCUUUAACCUCAGACAUGCUGAAGAUGUCCUUAGCUGAUUACUAUGACGUAAUUGCAUUAACAGAAGGUAGCGAUAAUGCGUACUGGCCGGCGUACAAAGAAAUUGUUGAGGAACAUGGAGGGGUUGUCGAGGUUGUGAAAGGAAAGACUUUUAUCCAAGAAGCAUUUAAUAAAGCGUUGCAAGACUUUAAUUUCUACCAAAACCGGUACGUUAUAGGCGCAUCAUUUGGACCAUCGAUCGUUGCUUACUAUAACAGAUUCGAAGAUCACUCGAUGCCAUUGUCAUAUUCAGUUGUAGUUAAUGCAAUUUUAAGAAAAGAAAUGGGAAAACAAUACAAAAUUCACAUCUACACUUAUCCAGAACCAGUUGGUGUGUCAAACGUUGACGACUUAGUGAUACAAUGCAUAUGUUGCCUAUCAUUUGGAUUCGGUAUUGCUGGAGCAAUACCACUGUUAUUCUAUUCAGAUGAAAGAAAGAACAAAUCCUUGCAUCUACAAAUAAUUUCAGGGGCAAACGUAGCACUUUACUGGUUGACUGCUUUACUUUGGGAAAUGCUAGUGAUGACAAUAUGUGCGUUGAUUGUUGCCACUAUAUCGCGUGCAAUGGAUCUAAAAGGACUUGAAAAGUAUGAAGGUUUUAACAGAGGGUUCGUGAUGUUUUUCGUUGGUGGAUUUCAUAUUACAUGCUUCAUUUUUCUCAUGUCUCACAUAGGAUGGUCAGCAGAAUACAUGGUUUCUACAUUUAUGGUAGUACUAAUAGGACUUGGAUUUUUUAAUUGGGGAUUUGAUUCACUGUUACAACCAGAUACUGCAGUAACAAAUCCGGACCCUAUCGUUCGUUUUGUGUACCGACUACUAUUAAGUUUACCAAUGUAUAACAUGAUUGAGUCUUAUAUGCGUAUGCUGAGAAAAAAACAACUUAUUAAGGUUUGCUUAACAGUAGGAGAUUGUGAGGGCGGUUGGACUAAGGAGUGUGCCAUGAGACCAUGUGGAAUGCCUUUAUUUCGUAAGGAUUGCUGCAAUUUCACAAUGAACUAUUUCGAAUGGGAUCAUCCUGGAAUCGGAGGACCAAUCGCAUAUGCCGUUUGUGUUGCAAUUUUUUACCUUUUCUUAACCAUUUUAAUUGAUUCGAGUGUUUUGAAAUAUUUCCUGCGAACGGAACGUGCAUACGUUAGACCUCAUCGUAUAGACGAUGAAGAUAUCCUAGAGGAGAAAAGGAAAAUGAAAAGUUUAUCUAGGUCUGAAAUUCAAGAAAACUAUCAAAUAGCUCUUGCUAACGUCUCGAAGGUGUUCUGUAAAAUGGGAAACUUUUGUCGGUGUAAACUUUGCAGACAGGGUGGCGGUCAAAUAAUUAAACAACUUUAUGUUUUAAUUUGUCAACAUCUAAAGCAGAACCGGGCAAAUUUUAACUUCGUGGGAGCCGCUAGCUGA